UUGUUUCACAUCGACGGAAGUCAGUCAUAUGAAAUUAAUCGAACGAUAAAGUUAUAGAAAUAUUUUUGUUACCAAAAAAAAAAUCUUUUUGUUUUUUCUUUCCUCUUACAUCCACGCACCAACCGAUUCUUUUUUCAAUUCGCCCAGCGAAUUUAAAUAAAAUUUUUAAUUCGUUUUAUUCUCAAUCGGCAGAAAUAAAAUAAAAAUGUCACGACCUGCAACAAGAGGGGCUCGCAGAACUCGCAUUUAUGACAGCAACUAUAAUGCAAGUCAAAAUUAUUAUAAACCAACACUUGACAACUUAGAUCGUAAACUUUACGGAAGACCAUUGACAACAGAUCGCUUUGAUUCACCAAAACCAACAUUUUUUACUCCAACACGCGAAGCAAGAACUCCAUUCGAUGAUCAAUCAUUGAACGAUGCAAGACGCCGUGCUGACCGAGUCAUUCAAGAAGAUUCAUUCUUUGAUGUUCGCGGUGCUCGUGUACCAAAAAGCUCCAUCGGUGAAACAAUCCGAGAAUUUGAUGAUGAGUUCAAAACAACGAUAAACAAAAUUCGCUCGAAUAAAGCAAAAGUUGCAAAUUUCGCCGAUGAUCUGGAUUUUGAAGAUACGGUUGAUUCGUUCAAGCGUCGUGGCCGUGCGGCCGUUGCUGACUUUGAUGCUGCUGUAGACGACAGCUAUGGCAAAACAGCCAGUUCGAUAAAGAAGAGUUCAUACAAAUUGUCUAGUCGCCGAGAGGAGGAAGUAGCCGAACCGGUUGCUGUUACAAAAUGGUCGGCUGUAUCAUCGAUAACUGAUGAUUCUGGUGCAUCGGCACGUGCCAAAGCAACCAAAGCUCGGCUAGACGAUUUGGAAUCGGAGAUGUUUGAUCGAUCGGAAAAACAGGCCGCCCGCGAAAAGCGAUCACAAGCAUUACGAAAGUUUAUUGCCGAUAUUGAUAGUGAUUUAGCGGAUUAAUUUCACCCCCGCAACAAUAAAAAAAAACAACAGCAAAUAAACAAACCACAUCAUCAAUCUAACCACAUAUCGUCAAUUUUGACGCCAUCAAAUGCAUUGGCGCACAUACUAGAAUAACA